CCUCAAAGGAGCCGAAGAACACCCUUGGCUCCUACUCAUCCUCAUGGUCCUACCAAAGACAUAGAUCGGGGCCCCGCACUCACUCCCAGAUCCGCAAUCACUCACACGCCGGGGCUCGCUCCCUCUCCCUCCGUCCUGCCUUGCAAGAAGCUACCGCCCCUCAUGGGUCCAAUGGCUCUCCUCACCCUCGCCUCGCGAUUCAGCCCUACUCAGCGUGCCUGGCUCGCCGUCGCGGGGGCCUGGCUGGUCCAAAUCGCCGCGGUAGGGCCCGUAAAUGCCUUUGGAAGCUACCAGGCCAUCUACUGGAAUGCCUAUGUCCCCGGCGUAUCCGCCUCGUCUCUCUCCUGGAUCGGCUCCCUACAAAUCUUCUUCGAAUUCUCAGUAGCCAUCGCAGGAGGGAUCCUCCUCGAUGCGGGCUACUUCAAGGAGACUCUCCUCGGAGGCUCUAUCCUCUUCACCUUUAGCUACUUUAUGCUCAGUCUGGUCAAGCAGGGGAUGUUCGUCCCCAUCUUGCUCGCCCAGGGCUUCGGCAUGGGCAUCGGGUUGGGACUCGUCUUCUUGCCCAUCUCCGGCGUGGUAGCUCAGCACUUCCCCACUUCCCGCAACCUCCCACUGGGUAUCAUCUCCACUGGUGCAGGCUUUGGAGGCUUUGCAAUCUCCCUCCUCACAAGCAAAAUCUACAGCAACACUGAUCUGGGCUUCGGCUGGACCGUGAGAGUCGCGGCUUUCAUUGUGCUUGGCUGCCUCUUGGCUGCCAAUCUGCUCAUUACCGAGGUGCCUGCCUCGGAGCGAGUCGUCACCAAGAGUAUCCUCAAGGUAGACGACGACAAGGAGACGAUUGAGGAGGAGGACGGCAAAAGUGCUCAGCUCGCUGAGGUACCCUUGAGUCAAGCACGCACAAAGGAAGGAGUUCGUUCCAUCAUCAGCCAGCACGGCGAUGUCACUGGUCUGCUCGCCUCUCUACGCGAGCUCUUGUCCAGUGCAGUAUACCUCCUGACCGUAGCGGGCGGUACCCUCUUCGUAAUGGGCAUCUUCUACCCUGCUUACAGCAUCGAGUCUUUCGCCUUGGCCCAAGGGAUCGAUCCAGGUCUCGCAAGCUGGCUCCUGCCCAUGAGCAACCUCAGCAGUCUCAUAGGCCGGACAGUACCUGCCUAUGUAGCAGACCGGCUGGGCAGGUACGGUGCGCACAUCAUGUUCUCCACCUGCGCCAUCUGCGCAGGAGCUCUCACGAUUGCAAUGCCCGCCUGUACCUCCUCGGGGUCAAUUGUAGCCUUUGCCAUCCUCUACGGACUCUUCCAAGGAGCCGGACCGGGACUGUUCUUCCCCACUGUCCUCGCACUGGGCGGACCUAGGCCGGGGUUCAGGUUGGGCGUAGCCUCUGUGCCCCUCUCUAUUGGCGCGCUGGUGGGUGCACCAAUCGCCUCGGCCUUGCUUGGGCCUACCGCCGCUACUGCUGGUGCAGGGGGACCGGGAGUAGCGGAUGUGAAUCCCAAUUGGUGGGGAGGAUCGGCCUUUGCUGGAGCAGUGUGGAUGGCUUCGGCACUGAGCAUGGGAAGCGCCCUUUUCCUUGCCAAGCACAAGGAGAGGCGAAUGCGAAGAGGACGGGGUGCGGGGGCUUCCCAGCGCUCUGAGAAAGAGGCGGAAGAAAGAGGAAACGUCCUUCAAGAAGCUGGAAGGACAGAGACAACGGGGUUUGACCAUCGAGUAGAGGGCCAGGGAGCGUGAGUAGAACCUAGGGCCAUAGGGCAUAAUGUAUAGCGCACAACGCAAACAAGGGCAAAUGGUACAGGCAGCAUUCAGAGUCACGACACACACACACACAGCACAUAUGUAUACUUCUCAUAGACGUCACGUCACCAUACUGUUCAUCAGCAGCAAUAGCAAUGUCAUUGUCAUCAUAACAACG